UCCACGGUUGUUAUUGUUGUUACUUGUAUUUGGACUUUCCCGCUUGUUUACUUGCGGAUACUUAUUAUACAAGCCGAACAGUUUGGUUUUCGAUUUUCUUUGUCUCCUUUGCGAGGCCGACCAAUGCCUUUUCUCAAGUCAAGGCGCCGUUUGAAAAUCAAAGCACAAUGACUUAGGGGCUUCGAAAUCUUUGGAUUUUGAGAUAAUAAUACAUACAUUAAUAAAUAAAUAACUUGGGAGGACCGUAGAAUAGCAAGUUUUUGUUGUUUUUGGAGGAGGUGAAAAAACGUGUGAUUACAAUUAUACAAACUCUACCGUACACUCUGAAUUUGCUGUACAAUCGCAAUAGAGACGAUACCAAAGUGAAUCGAUCCCAAGUUCUUUUACAUCGUCAGGACAAAGGACCUUUCACGCCGUUUGAAAUACAGAGCAUUUCAUUUCCGGGGUAAUGAUGAGAAACGCUAGCGCAACCAAAAGGAGUUUGUGUUUCCUGGCUCUAUCAGUAGCCUGCAUGUUGAGCAAUCGCAGGGCAGCCGCUGCUCCUCAACCAAUGUCCUCAGGAAUGAUGUAUCGUGAAAAUGGAUACGAUGGAUCUAUUAAGAAUUCAGUGGAUAGAUAUGAGGCAAUGGAAAGAAAAAAAGAAAGAAUCUUCAAAGAAAUAAGAAAAAUGAGUGAAGAGCAGGAAAUUGCUUCUUUUGUGAACGCACAGUUAAAAAACAAACAAGAUCAACAAGCUCAAAUGUUUUCGGAAGAAGAUCCUGAGACACCUCCAGUAGUGCCCGUUGUCUAUCGCGAUGAGGAACCCCCAGCGGAAAAACGCAACUUUGUGGCUCUUUGUCACUUCAAAAUUUGCAACAUGGGCCGGAAGCGACAACAAAGGUCUGCAUCGUAAAGAGAAACGUAAUAUACUCAGGAGGUCGUUAUACAUGUUGAUUGCACUUCUCUUACAUUUUUCAAAAUCAACAUGCACUGUAAAUAAACCAAGGAUUCAUCCAUCCAAGAUUCAUCUUCUAACUUAAAUCGGGAAGCAAAAGAUUCCAGAAAAUAAGGUAAAAAAACCUUUGCAACGCUUCGUAAACAUUUUAUCUUUGAGAUGAAACUUCUGAUCCAUUGUUGACGACUUUACUAGUACUCUGCUGAAAACUUUGACGAAAAAAAUUUGACUAAACAACUAAAGUGAAUCACAAAAAAGUUUAUCAAGAAUGAAAUUGUGAAUGAUUAUUAAUAAUUUCAUUCUAUGAGGAAUUUCAUGAUCAUACAUGGAACAUAUAUAUAUACGCAUAAUGGAAAGUAACAAGUGUAUAC